AUUAAGAGCUUCCUUUGCUGCUUGAAGAAGCGGGCUUUAAGUGUAAGGACGGCCCAAAAAUAAUAAACCUUUGGAACUCUAGCAAACGAUCGAACAGAUGGUGUGCGCCCUGAGCUGCUUCGGUUCUCCUCCCUCUUCCCUUAACCCUAAAUCCAAUCCUUCCCCUCGCUUCUCCCCUCGUCUCCUCUCCCACCCUUCCUACCUUCUGCUCGAACUCUGCACCGACCGCCGCGAGCUCAGUCAGUUCCUCCCACAGGUCGUCAAGCGCGGCCUCCACCGCGAGCACGCCUUCCAGACCCGCCUCGUCGCCCUCUUCUCCCGCUUCGGCAGCCUCCGCGAUGCUGCCCUCAUCUUCGACGCAGUCGACCACAAACCAGAGGAGCUUUACCACUCCAUGCUCAAAGGCCACGCCAAAUACUCCUCCCUCGACCGCGCCCUCGCCUUCUACCUAGCCAUUAGGCGCGCUGGCGUCCGCCCUGCCGUGUACAGCUUCACCUAUCUCCUCAAGGCCUGCAGCGACCGGUCGGACCUUCGCACGGGAAGGGAGAUACACGCCCAGUUGUUUUCCAAUGGUUUCGGCUCCAAUGUGUUCGCCAUGACCGCGGUCGUCAACAUGUAUGCCAAAUGCCGCAGGAUUGAUGAUGCGCGGAGGAUGUUCGAUAGAAUUCCUGAGAGGGACUUGGUGGCUUGGAAUGCCAUCGUCGCCGGGUACGCACAGAACGGGAUGUCAGAAUUGGCUUUGCAGAUGCUGAUUAGAAUGCAAGAGGAUGGCCACAGGCCAGACUCGAUUACCCUCGUUUCAGCUUUGCCUGCGUGUGCAAACAUCCGAUAUUUGAGGAUUGGUAAAUCAAUUCAUGCUUUUGCGAUAAGAGCUGGAUUUGAUUCCAUGGUAAAUCUCUCAACUGCCUUUGUGGAUGUGUACUCAAAGUGUGGGGCUAUCGAAACUGCUAGAUUGGUGUUCGACAGUAUGCAUCUAAAGAAUGUCGUCUCAUGGAAUUCUAUGAUAGAUGGAUACGGGCAAAAUGGAAAUCCAGAGGAAGCUUUGAGCCUGUUCAAGAAGAUGCUGGCCGAAGGAAUUCAAGCAACUGAUGUAACUAUGAUGGGAGCUCUGUUUGCGUGUGGUGAAUUGGGCGAACUCGAGGAGGGAAGGCGAAUCCAUGGCAUGCUCAUAGGAAUUGGGUUGGAGUCGGAUACGUCUGUCGCAAAUGCUCUCAUCACUAUGUACUCCAAAUGCAAAAGAGUUCAUCUCGCAGAACAUGUGUUCGAGAAUUUGAAGGCCAAGACUCUUGUUUCUUGGAAUGCUAUGAUCUUGGGUUACGCGCAGAAUGAUCGGGUGGAGGAUGCACUGAGACUCUUUAACAAGAUGCAGUGGGAGAACGUAAGGCCAGAUUCCUUCACUAUGGUUAGUGUAAUCCCAGCAAUUGCAGAUUUAUCAGUGUUGAGGCAGGCAAAGUGGAUACAUGGUUUGGCUAUUAGAUUGUGUUUGGAAGAGAAUGUAUUCGUCAUGACUUCUCUAGUAGACCUGUACGCCAAAUGUGGCAGUGUUCGCAUUGCUCGGAAACUCUUCGAUUCAAUGGAAGAUAGACACGUGACUAGCUGGAACGCCAUGAUAGACGGUUAUUGCACACAUGGAUUAGGGAAAUCUGCAGUCGAGCUAUUUGAAGAGAUGAAAAGGAGCUCCGUGAGGCCAAACGACGUAACUUUCUUGAGUGUUCUUUCAGCUUGCGGCCACUCUGGUUUGGUCGAUGAGGGGCAGAAGUACUUCGACAGCAUGAAGCAUGACUAUGGAUUGGAGCCCCGAUCGGACCAUUAUGGUUGCAUGGUGGACCUUCUGGGUCGCAUUGGGAGACUCGACGAGGCCUGGGAGUUUAUUCAGAAAAUGCCUAUCAAACCCAGUAUCAGUGUCUACGGUGCGAUGCUGGGUGCUUGUAAGAUUCACAAAAAUGUCAAAUUGGGAGAGCAAGCGGCAAAGAAAUUGUUUGAACUGGAGCCCGAAGAGGGAGGAUAUCAUGUGUUGUUGGCUAACAUAUAUGCAACAGCCUCAAUGUGGGAGGACGUGGCGCGAGUGAGAACGACGAUGGAGAAGGCCGGCCUGCAGAAGACUCCCGGUUACAGUUGGAUGGAUUGGAAGAACGAGUUGCACACCUUCUAUUCUGGCGGAACGAAUCACCCACAAUCGGACAAGAUAUAUGCGAGACUAGCGAAGCUGAUAGAUGAGAUCAAAGCUGCUGGCUACGUGCCUCAUACUGAUUCUUCGCACGAUGUGGAAGAGGACGUCAAAGAGCAGCUGCUCAAUACGCACAGUGAGAAACUUGCGAUCGCGUUCGGACUCAUCAAUACGGCACCAGGAACGACAAUUCAAAUACGAAAGAACCUUCGCGUCUGCAGAGAUUGUCACAAUGCGACUAAGUUCAUAUCACAAGUGACUGGCAGGGAGAUCAUUGUGAGGGAUAUGCAGCGGUUUCACCAUUUCAAGAACGGCCGAUGUUCUUGCGGAGAUUACUGGUAGCCAAUCUUUUGAAUCACCAAAGAAGAUGAAUUUUUUUUUUUAAUAAAAAAUUGCAUUUACCUCGUGCAAUGGCAGUCGAUAUUGUAACCCAGAAAGAAAUUGAUUUAUAGAAAGCAAAAGAGCAUGGAAGAGAGAUGAAACGUUGGGUUGAAUGCAAGUUUUGGAUAAAAAUAGGUCAAAUAAUUUGGGGUUUGGGUUCGGUCCAAUUUAGCCCAAAUAACCCAAAGCAAUGCUUGGGCCAGGCGUCACGUGCCUGACACGCGCUGUCUCGAGUUAAUAGAAGAAAACACCAGCACCUCUUUCCUACUUCGUUGCGGCGAGUCGAGUCGAAUUUGUGCCCUGGAGCGGCGAUCUCCGCCGGCUUUGUUUUUUGCAUCAGAAAGCAAAGAGUUUAGGAAUGGCAAAGUCAAGUUCUAGUGAUGCUCAGGCACUCAUUCGCUCCCUGCGAUCUGCUUAUGCUGCUACACCAACUAGUCUCAAAAUUAUCGAUCUUUAUGUUGUCUAUGCAAUCACCACAGCAGUAAUUCAGGUAUAACAGGAAAAUUGACAUUUCUCUCAUCAUUUCUCGACAUGAAAUGAUUUUCUGGAAUUUUGUGAUCAAAGGAGUUUUAACGAGUCACUAUAAGGGUUUUGCUGGAGUUGAAGUUAGUUGUUUAUGGAAUGUCUAAUACCAAACCACAUUCAUAUAGAGCGUCCAAUCUUGUCAAUACCACUAUGAUUUUGCGAAGAUUGUAAAGGAAUGAUAUUAAAGUUGUAACACGAUGCAUGCAUAAUUUCCAUAUCCUCAACUAUGAAGACUAAUUCAUGUACCACUGAUAUGGUUGAGCUGGGCAGCAUUUUAAGGGAGCACAUGACAAAUACUUCCUUGCCUAAAAUCAUCAUUGAUCAACAGUAUGUGUGAUUCAAUGGCUACGCCAUCAUAUAUAAGUAAACAUCCUUUUGAACACAUCAAGCAUAUCUAUCUGCUUUGAUACAAAUUGUUGACCUUAUAUAAGAAAUGACUGACCCAAAUUGUUAAAAGUCCAAGUUAGUAUAGUGGUUUGCUCAUCUAAACUUUUAAGAUCCUUAUUAAUUCACAAUGUGGAACUAAAUUAGUUUGUUUGGUUCAAGUCAUCUUUUAGUUAAUUGCUCAAAUUAUUUAGGCAUGGUUGUGAGUUUUCAACUUAACAAAUAGUUCAGUUUCUAUACAAUCAUCUCUGCUAUGUCUACCCUAACUGCCAAUUCAACAGAUCAUGUACAUGGGAAUCGUUGGGUCUUUUCCCUUUAAUUCAUUCCUCUCCGGAGUCCUGUCGUGCGUUGGGACAGCAGUUCUUGCAGUUUGCCUCCGCAUUCAAGUAAACAAAGAGAACAAGGAAUUUAAGGAUCUUGCACCUGAACGAGCUUUUGCUGAUUUUGUCCUCUGCAACUUGGUGCUCCACCUGGUGAUCAUGAACUUCCUUGGGUAGAUGGAACUCUGCUAUAGCAUUCUUCCUUUUUUAUAUAUAUUUUUUUUAGCUUGAACUGUGGGACUUCAAGUUUGUUUUUCAUGUUGCUGCUAACAAGAUUUUGUCCUUGUUUAUGGAAAAUGAAUGGAACUCCAUGAAUUGCUAGAGUAAA